ACGUGUGGAAAUGAUGUCGUCUUGCUUUCUUUAGGAUUUUAGGCCGUUUCUCUCCAUUUUGGCCGGUACUUUAGUGAUGUAUUGCGCGUUCUGUGAUGCUCAACUUUCUGAGUUGUCGGGAGAAUGGCACACUCGACCCGGUGGCGCUCGUGCGAGCCGAGACGACGCGGCGAACCUUCAGCCUGGAGCUGAGCAAAGAACAGGACGUGAAGAGGAUCCACGCGAGCGGCGUCAACUCACUGGACCUGGACCCGGUGGAAGCGAGAUAUCUGUUAUCGGGAGGUGCAGAUGGAGUGAUUGCUAUCUAUGACACACACAACCUGUCAGGAACACCCAGCAGUACAGCUGAGGCUGUCUGUACUGUGGGCAGGUCCCACCGCCAUGUCCACAAGUACAGCGUGGAGACAGUCCGCUGGUAUCCCCACGACACGGGACUCUUCACGUCCAGCUCCAUGGACAAGACCCUGAAGGUGUGGGAUACCAACGUCCUGCUGCCUGCCGAGGUGUUCCAGUUCGAGGGGACGGUGUACUCCCACGCCAUGUCUCCUGUAGCCAAGAAACACUGCCUUAUCGCUGUUGCCACUAUGACCUCCAUUGUGACCCUAUGUGACCUGAAGUCAGGGUCAUCAACACACAUACUGAAGGGUCACAGAGCAGCGGUGAAGUGUGCUCGCUGGUCCCCCCGGAACCCGUACCUACUGGCCACAGGCAGCCAGGACAACAAGGUGCUGCUGUGGGACGUGCGCAGCGCCAAGAGCAGCCUCAUGUCACUGGACCAGCACAACGGGGAGCUGGCCACCAGCACAGCAGCAGUGAACACGGCCCAUAACGGCCAUGUGAAUGGCUUGUGCUUCACACCGGAGGGGCUCCAUCUACUGAGCUUCGGCACAGACCACCGACUCCGACUGUGGGACACAGCCACCGGCAGGAACACACUGGUAAACUACGGAAAAAUCAGCAAUGAGAGUAAGAAGUCGGUCCAGUUCACGGUUUCUCGCGGCUCAUCUCCAGACGUGGUGUUUGUCCCAGACGACAGUUCCAUUGCGAUGUUUGACGUGUUUGGCGGGACCAGUCUACACCGGCUGGUGGGACACUACAACUACGUGCAGUGUUGUGUCUUCAACCCCAACACUCAGGAGUUGUACAGUGGGGGGAGCGACAGUAACAUCCUGGUGUGGGUGCCUGAUCUGGGCAGGGGAGAGGACUAUGAAGAGGCCAAGAAACAGAAAGCAGAGCCUAGCCAGAGGACCCAAAAUGUUCAGGCAUAUCAAGACACAUGGAGCAGCGAUGAGGACUGAGGGGGUUCAUUAUGUGCUGUGGAGGAUGGUGAUUUCUGGGGAUUGUGCAGAUAUAAACCUCAGGGAACUGUGUAACUGCAGUGUUUUUGUGAAAAGGCAACCAUUGUAACAGUAAUAAUGAUGACAUUGCAAAUAAUGACUGUAUGUUUUUGUUCAUUUUAAAGCAUACAUGCACUUGAACUGUAUGAACAUGUCUUCAAAAGUAUUUUUAUUCACACUUUCAAAAAAAAUAUAGAGAAACAGUGCAAGGGAGACUGAAAGCUUCAUUCAAAAUACAUGUAUAACAAUUUAAAUACAUCAAUAAAACAAAAGAAAUAAGGUGAUAUUAGUAAAUGAAACAAUAUACAUGUAUUGAAACUAGCAGGAGCUCUUGUGGAUUCAUUAUGUAUUUAUUAACUGUACAAAUGUUUGAAAGGAAUUUUCAGGAUUGUCACAAGAGUUAAAUGUAAGUGUAGAUGUAGGUGUAGUUGUAGGUGUCUAAGGGAAUUCUGUUAGAGAACGUAUGGCAGGGCUGACCACAAGAGCAACUCGCUCCCCACAGAACACUGUAUAAACAGCUCAUGAUAAGGACAGAAUAAAGUUUUCCACCAUU